AACGAUCAUCCAAGCGAUUGCUCUGUGGGCACGAAUAGUAGUGGUGAAGGAUCUUUUGGACCCAUCAAUUCGUAUCGUCCUCACAACCGGCAACCUCCUCGAUUCCACAACAAGGCGAGCAAUUACCAUAACAGCAGGAGUACUAACAACCACAAAAUUGAUAGAGACAAAAGAUUCCAGCAAAUGAAAAACACAAGCAUCAAUGCGAAGAAAAGCAAGAAAUACUUUAACGACAACAGCAACAACAAAGAAAACGGUCGCAGGGGAAGGAGUCAAUACACAUCCAGAAAAAUGACUUCUAUGGUUCUCAGUUCGUACCUCCGAGAACGUGGAUGGUCACUGGGUGAAGACAAGAACGGGAGCAGGAGCUCUAGCAACAACGAACGGGUCGAGAACGAUCCAACAAGCACCAAUGGCGAGAACCAAAAAGGUAGAGCAUCCUAUACGAGCAGCGCCGCUGCGACUACUGCUAUUCUUUCGCGAGAAAGCGAAUCAGUUCGGACACAGGCAUUGAAGUUGUUGGAAAGAACGAUGUGUCGAUGGGCUGCUUCAAUAGAACAAAACGCUAGUGCUUGGCAACAACCUCGAGGUAGGUACUGUGCAAUGGGAUAUGGCGCAUCUUUAUUGCGUCUGCAGCACGCGAAUCAACUUCAUCGAUGCAUUGAGAAUUGAGUACCAAAACAACCACUCCGUAUUGCCUUUCCACACCAUAGUCGUUUCUGUUCUCAACGAUUCCCUUUUUCAUGUCUUCUUUCUACAUUAUUUCAAUAUAAUGAUUGUGCAGUCACUCUUGUCACCUUUGGUAGCUAUCGACUGCGGGCCUAUCGACAAGAUAGCGAUAUUGAUCUCCUAGCUUUAUGUCAUCCCUCGUGUACGCGCGAAGAAUUCUUUUCGAGCCUUGUGGAGAUGAUGGAAAACGAAGAUGCCAUCGAUGACGUUCAUCCUAUUGCAUCUGCUUACACUCCAGUUCUGAAGUUUACGAUCCACAAUAUUCACUUCGACAUGCUUUUUGGCAGGGCCUCGGGAAAGGAAAAUGUAGAGAGACUGAAGCGGUACCAGCUAAUCUCGAUUUCUCCAUUUGUACCGAUGGGUCCUUCAAUGAAAAGAGGACGGGGGGUCUUUGGUAGCAACAGCACCGAGAAUAGCGAGGGGAAUACUGCUGCAAACUCGUUGCCAGAGUUUUUCAUCGAAGAGUCCUUUUUGUUAGGAAUGGAAGACGGUUCAGAGGUCCGAAGCGCCAAUGGGGUUCGCGUCACGCAGUUUAUAAUGCGAUACGUCCCAAAUCAAAAUCAUUUCCGAUUGGUGUUGUGUGCCGUCAAGGAAUGGGCAUCACUUCACGGAAUCUAUUCGAACAUUUUGGGCUUUUUAGGUGGCGUCAACUGGGCUAUUAUGGUUGCCUUCGUCUGCAAGCGAUACCCGAAACAACAACCGUCGACCCUUCUGACCACCUUCUUCCGCAUCUUCGCCACUUGGAAUUGGCCCAAGCCGGUCCUGUUGGAAGAUGUCCUAAAUGUCUCGACGAGUGGACCGGGUUGCGCAGAAACAGGAUCGCAUACCCCGUUGUCGGUGGCUGGGGGAGGCAUGAAACCAUGGGAUCCAAAGACAAAUCCCCGAGAUGCUCGACACGUGAUGCCUGUUAUUACCCCAGUAUACCCUAGAAGUAAGUGUGUUUCGUUUUUUCUAGUAUCGUGAAUGCAUCACACAAACCAUAGAUACUGUUUUGUUUCUACUGCUUCUUUAACUCCGUUUCUGUCACCGCUCCAUUCCUCUCUUCUCAUUCUCCUUCUUCCCUGUGGGAUUCUUUACCCCUUUUCAGUGAAUUCAACGUACAAUGUUGGGAUUCCACAGCAACGCCGCAUUCAAGAGGAAUUGGUCAGAGCUGCAUACCUUUCCCAAGACGAAACGAAUUGGAGAGCAUUAUAUAGUCCGAGCGACUUUUUUGAACGUCACGGUAACUUUUUACAGAUUUCUAUUCGGGCAGGAAAGAACACCGAGGAUUUCACGAAGUGGUUGCGCCUUUGCGAAUCGCGAUUGCGGCUUUUGGUUGGCGCCCUCGAUUGCCCAGAAAUGUCCGUAUGGCCCUUUGCGCAAGUAAUGAAACGAGAAUACACUCCCGAGGAACCAUCAGAUACAGGAAAUGCACUUCCAAACGCAGAUCCUUCCAAAAGCAGCAGCAGCAGCGGUUUGCAGGAGGCCCUAUUUUUCAUUGGUUUGAGAUUUGCUCCCAAUGUUGAAAUAAUCGAUCUGAAACAUCAUACCUCGGAAUUUUUGAUCAACCAAAUCAAUUCUUGGGAUGGCAGGAAACCUGACAUGGACUUUAUGAUUCAUCAUGUUCUGCAAAAAGAUUUGCCCCAUGAUCUUAUUAGUGACUACGUUGUUACCAAACCAAGUCCAUUCGAGAUACCAAAUCCCAUGUUCCGACGCACUGCUGUCUAUAAUCAAAACAGCAAUAGUUACAUGACUCAAAACAUCAACAAUACGGAUACGGAUAGCAAUCAAAUCGCAACGACAACUACCAAAGCCGGGCCAAGCGGUAUUCCGCAGGUACCAAGAGAAAUUCGUGGAGCUUCUGGUGGUGAUAAUAAUAGUGUGGCCCGUUCUACCUACAGUAGCAUUGCACGUUCUGUGAAUAGCUCGAUGCCAUCAGAGGAUGGAAUGGAAACAACAGUUGAUGGUAUUGAACUCGAAAGCAGGCCCCAGUCUCCUCUGGGUAAUUUGAUUACGGUAGAAGGGGGUCCUCAUCAAGCUCAACAGACAUACAGAAGUAACACGGAUGGGCAAACCAAAGAAAGACCCACAUCCACUGAACACAGGGAUGGUUCUAAGCAUACCCCUCACCAGGCACAGCUAUAUGAAUUCUUAACUGGAAAAAUUGACGAUUUGGUGCCUGGCAACAGAUCCAAUUCUGCUGCCAUCGCCCCCAGCGAAGUCUGCACCGACUCGCAAUCGGAUCAAUCGUCGACGCGGUCUCCAAUCAAGAAACGUCCGAGGAACCGCUCUGGCUCUAACGCUUCACAGCAGUCGGACAAUGCAUAAUACAUGGUUUGAAGUCACCGAUGAUAUUGUGGGUGAAACGACAUGACACGAAGAGACCCAUGUCAUUUCGAUGCAAAUCUGGAAUCUACAAUUUCACAGAUCA